AUGGAUAGGAUGAGCUCGUCGGUGCAGUCCUGGGUGGAGGAACACAAGCUCUCAACCAUCGGAGCCGUGUGGGCGACGGCGGUGGGCGCGUCGGUGGCGUACAGCCGGCGUCGGGCGACGAGCCUGCGCCUCAUCCACGCCAGGAUGCACGCGCAGGCGCUCACGCUCGCCGUCCUCGGCGGAGCCGCGCUCGUGCACUACUACGGCAACUCCCGCAGCAGCAAGAAGAGGCAGCAGGAGGACCUGGACUACGGCUUCUACUCCCAGCUGCCGCCGGCCACCGACGCCGACGGCAACGAGAACGAGCUCUGGAGCUGGUAG